GGGUUCGGAUGCUCCUCCGAGGUCUCUCUCAGUCGAAAGAUCAUGAUCUAGAGAUCAGACAGCUGCCGAAGCAAAUAGAGGGGGAGGGGUUCACAGGGUGGACACCCGCGGAUGGCGUCUCCGCUCAGAUCACCCUCUCCAUCCAUCAUCCGUCGUGCUGCUGCUGUCAGAGACCGUACCACCACCGCACAGCAACCGGCCUGCACUGUCGUCGGAAAGCUGAUGGCUGGUCAUGUGUUUCUUGUGAGAGAUGAGUACGCAAUGUCCAGGUCGACAGCGCCAAGAAGGGGAAAAAAGAGGGGUGGAAACUGGCUGGGAGAAAGCCAACUGAGACUCGGAGUAAAAUUGGCCAAGGAGAAACACAGGAACACACACCUCUGCGAGCUUUCAACAGAAAAAAAAAACUCUUGUUCCUGACAAAAGACCGGGGGAUGGGAUUUCCCCGCCCUGCUGAUCAGCCCUCCCGUGUCGUGGCAUAGAGACACCCACGUAACAAGAUCGAGAAAAGGGGGACGAGGGAAAGCUCUGUUGCUAUAAUACCCGUUGAUAAUGUUUAACAACUCUCAGGUUCCUGUCAUAGUGUGUUGCCGGCAGCUUGGUGAUGAUGGGCAAGAGACCCAAUCCCACUGCUCGGCCAGUCCGCAUUUGGUAGUUGCCGGAUAUCAACGCGGGUAGAAUACCACGAUGCACCAGAUUCUCCAGGGUGGGGUUGAGUCGAUUCUGUCGUCACCUUGCUUCUUCCAACAAUAGCCCCCAUCGCCAGCACACACUCGCCUGAGCACCUCGGGCUUCGCGAAGUUUCAGCCAUCGAGGUGGAUGUGACCGCUGUGGAAUAUGGCUCAGAUGCCCAUGAGACAUGUUAAGAUCUGGACCUGGCCGGAAGCUGGGCGGAAAAGACCGGCGAGAACUUGAUCCAAUAAUCUUGACAACCAACAUGAACUGUGACGCCACGCUCCCCCCAGCUUGAACCAGACUGCACGACGCAGGUUCGAGGAAUGCACCAUGGGUGUGACGGCGAUAGCAAAAGGCGGGGGGCGUCUUCCCUUCGGCCCUAUUGAAGCACGGGACUGGUUCAUAAUGAUUCUGCUGGGUUUCCUGAUCUGACAUGUCAAAUCUCGGCCUUUGGGUGGAGAUGUUUGGUGACGGGGGCUGGACAAUAGUCGGCUGGCCGCUGGAGGUUCGGCCCGAAGGAAUCAAAUAUCGUUGACGGCUAGCCACAGUCGAGACCUCAAAGAACCAUCCGAUGUCUGCCGGCGGCCAAUGGCUGCAAAACUCAGGGGCCACCAAUCGAUCACCAUACACAAGAAGCAAUGAGAAACUUUGCGCAUUGAUCGAUGCCCAAUGUCUGAUUACCUCUUGAUGCCAACCACCACCAGGUUGCGGGGGCUCUCGCGGUAAUUGAAAACCGUCUCGACCCAGCAGUCUUGGACGAUAUCGGAGUGCUCGCGCAAGAAGAGAUAGCGGUCAGUGACAAUCAGGGAUUCUACGACGCAUGCGCUGAAGGCCAUCAAGCUCCAUACGGCGCUGAGCUCUCUCUUCCGAUCUCGGAACUCGUCCUCAUAUCGAACAAUUUCCUCGUCCGUGAUGUUCCCCAUCUUCUCUGUAAUGACCUCGUUGUAUUGGCUGAACUCGGAGUUGGUGGUCAGCUUCGCAAUUGCUCCACGGACAUAGGCAGCGAAUGAGGUAUAGCACUGCUUCCUCAAGGACCCGAUUACCACCGGGUUGGUGCUUGUGUUAAAGACACUCUGGUCAGUUUCUUCACCAUGAUAGAUCCGCGAGAUGACGCCCCUGUCCAGAAACAUCUUUUGGAGGACCGCACGGUAGAAAUGGCGGGUAAAGAAGCCGCUGCUUUCCUGCUCAGUCCAGUUCUGAGGCGCUUGACACGCCAUCAUGCGGGCGGUGAUAUUCAGUCGGACCCCGUCAUCAUUGUAAGUGGACACCCUCUCGCUCAUGGGGAAGCCCUGGGGGUCUCGCUUCUCUGCUUCUCGUGCAACUCGAGCAUUGAUGGGCUGCAGACUUGGUCGACCGAACGGGGGCUUGAAAGUAGGGGGACCCAACUUCUCCGUCAUCAGGUUGUAACAGCAGCCCACAAUGGCUACGGCGUGGAUGCAUGGGUUCAGCACCAUGGAACGAAUACCAUAAUGCGAGAGGUUCCCGCAAGAGUGGAUGGAUACCGCCAUCAUAGCGAGCUUGUCUUGGUCAACCUCCUCCUCGCAACCCCUCAGCUGCGAAAGAACACCAGUCAGGUCGGCGUGCUCAAGGCGCCCGACGACAUACUCGAUGGUUCCCUUCCCCUCCUCGACGGUAUACGUGGCCUGCAUCUCCUUGCGUGAUCUGAGAUCGAUCGUGGCAAGCUCCUCGUCUGUCACACCGAGUUCUCUUGCGACCCGCUUCAAGGCCUCCUCAUCGUUAUGCUGAGACGGAUCCGUGGCCUCUAGAAUCCGGUGGUAGAGCUUCUUGUUCCGAACUCGCUUCUCCUUCUCGGCCAAGCCUGACAGGAUAUCGAGGUCCUUGGCGCCAGCCAUGUUGGCUUCUUUGCUCUCCACUGCUACAAUGUGCUUGUUGUAAGGUGGACUUGCAAGAGUACGACCCAAGUAGUUCUGACCAGAGCCAAAGUCGACAAAGUGAGUCAAGUCCUUGCCCCGGGUCUCAGCAAUGUCCUCGGCCAGCCUGUCGAUGUACCCGGCAAAAUGUGUCACUUCGUGAACCUUUUUUGUUUUCAUACCAAGGGCGACUGAUCGGGGCAGUAUGGGGAGCUUGGGCUUGCUAGGCUGAAAUGACCGUCUCAACGAAUGUUUUCUGAUGUCCUUGACAUACCGAACAAGCGACUCGGGAGGUGAGCCGGGGCCACGGUUGGGUGAGAGAGAUGACAGGUCGUCCCGCAUGAGAAAAUCGAGAAGAACCAUUGGCUCCUUCUCCAGAAGAAAAGCUUGCCAUUCCUUGGGCACAGCUGCAACGAAGACGCCGGGUUCGGUUGUGAAAAAGUCCAAUAUGUGAACACCACCGCAGAGGAAGCGAAAGGUCUCUGAGUUGGUGGUGAAGUCGAGGAGGCUCUCGAUGUAUUCCUCGGCAGAGGAGAACUCAUCCGAGUAGGGGAGGUCCCUCUCUGGUCGUGAUUGGAAUGUUCUCAUGAUUGUGAGGUGUGUGAGUUGUCGUGCUGCUCUGAUAUUCGACUCAUUCGGCGAAUGAAUUUUGGUUGUAAAUUCAUUUUGGGCAAGACCCCUGCUUGGCUUGCAGCCCAAGUCCAGGCAACCAAAUGCCGGGGUCUGCCGGCUGCACCCAGCUGCCAAACGUCCGCCGGAUUUUUAAUCGGCGGGACCCGGUCGCAUCUCGAAUUCAAGUUGGGACCUUGUCUGCGACGACAUUGGCCCUGGCCCACGAUUGCUAGCAACGAGACGGUGACUUGAAGCUGGCAGCCCGCAUUCUUCAACAUGGUGUCCCUAUUCGGUGUCAAUUUUCACGAGGCCAAGCUUGUCCAGAAAGCCCUCCAACACUUCUAUGCCCUCGGUCCUCAGACUGCGACCCGGAUCAUGGCCAAGCACUCCAUCCACCCCAGAGCCAAGAUUGGCACGCUGUCGCCCAAGACCGUCACAGCCCUGACAGCCGAGUUAUCAACCAUGGUGAUAGAAAGCGAUGCGCGAAAGAUUAUCCAGGAUAACAUCAAACGGUUACGUGACAUGGGAACAUACCGCGGCAGAAGACACGCCAUGAACCUGCCCGUCCGCGGCCAACGGACAAGGAACCAGAACAUGACCGCCAUCAAGCUCAACAGAGUCGAGCGCAAGGGGUAGAACUUUAUAUAGGAUUUAGAGAGUGGAAGAGGAGACAAGAAACCAUUGGCGCGGCGUUAGAGGUUAUCCCGGAGUGCAGGAGCUGGAAAAAACCAACAGCCUGGGCCCGGAAAAGAAAUCUGUGUUUCUAGUGUACAAUACAACAAGCAAUGAACAAACAAAAAAAGAAACAAAAAAAAAACCCACCGAUAAUCACCACA